CCCGGUAGCCAUGGCGACGCUGUCUCCCAGCCCGCGCGCGCCCGCUUGAGCCCGGCGGCUGGAGGAACCGGCAGAGCGGCCGAGGCGCAGCGCGGGGACGCUCGCAGGUCGGUGGGCGGCGCCGCGCAGUGGGGACGAACUCCAGGCCUGGCGCCUGACUAGCAGCCGCCUCAGCAUGGAGAGUGGCGUCGGCACAGCCGCUGUCCCCAGAGGGCUGCCUUACUACGUGGCCUUCUCCCAGCUGCUGGGUCUGACCGUGGUGGCCAUGACGGGCGCCUGGCUCGGCCUGUACCGAGGCGGCAUUGCCUGGAAGAGCGCCCUGCAGUUCAAUGUGCAUCCCCUCUGCAUGGUCAUCGGCCUGAUCUUCCUGCAGGGCGAUGCUCUGCUGGUUUACCGUGUCUUCAGGAACGAGGCCAAACGCACAACCAAAGUCCUGCACGGGCUGCUGCAUGUCUUUGCAUUCAUCAUUGCUCUGGUCGGCUUGGUGGCGGUGUUCAACUACCACAAGAAGAAGGGCUAUGCUGACCUGUAUAGCCUGCACAGCUGGUGUGGGAUUCUCGUCUUCACCCUUUACUUUGUGCAGUGGCUCGUGGGCUUCAGCUUCUUCCUGUUCCCUGGAGCUUCAUUUUCUCUGCGAAGCCGCUACCGCCCACAGCACAUCUUUUUUGGCGCCACCAUCUUCCUCCUUUCUGUGGGUACAGCCCUGCUUGGCCUGAAGGAGGCGCUACUGUUUAAACUUGGGACUAAGUACAGCACAUUCACGCCUGAGGGUGUCUUGGCCAACAUUUUGGGCUUGCUGUUGGCCUGCUUUGGUGUGGUUGUGCUCUACAUCUUGACUCGCGCUGACUGGAAGCGGCCAUCCCAGGCUGAAGAACAAGCUCUCUCAAUGGACUUCAAGACGCUGACGGAGGGAGACAGUCCCAGCUCCCAGUGAUGGCACGCAGCCAGCGUCCUCCUUGCCUCUGUAGGGGUGAUGUUUCUUUCUUCCCGCCCCCUGCUGAGGCUGUCCCCAGGAUUAGUGGCUCCCGGGUGAGGGGCUCCUGCAGAGGAGCUGGGGAGUGGGGUGCAGCUGUGUCUAUUUUGGAGCUAAUUUCUGGGACUUAGGUUUGUUCUCCCUCUGCUUUCUCUUCUCGCUGCUGCUUUAGACUAGUCCUAGUAGUCACACAAAGGCCCUGUUGCCCCUGUUGUCCUUUCACAUGGAGAAGGCUUUAGGUAGUAAGUCCUGUUGCCCAAGAACGGAUCCCCGAAGGAGACAGAGAGUGGCUCCACCUGAUGGGAGUGAGGUCUGUGGGUACCACUGAGCAUAGAGGAAGGCUGCAGGAGAGCCUAAGGGCCUCAGGGACAGGCCUGUAAAGGCCAAGCCUGCUGUGCUAUGUAACCCUGGAGUCACACCAGAAGCCCGGCCAGCCUGAAUAACACGCUGUGUAUACCAACCUGCUCCUUUGGCAGUGGGAGUGAGUGAUAUAUGGAGAGGGGAGGGACUGGCUCCUAGGAAGCUCCAGAGUCAGCUUGGGCCCGGCAGCAACCCGUUUGCCCCAGGAUGGCUUUGCUGGGAGAGGAGAUAGAGGUGCAGGACUUCAGAUGACUUCCCCGCGACAGAUGGGGACAGCUAAAUAGGAGGAAGGGUUUGAUUCAGGACGGUGUUCCCCUCCAUGGGCUGGUCUGGGUGGUAGCUCGGCUUAUUGUGGGCCUGUGGCUCCCCGCCCCCCUCGUCUUGUGCUUUGACUCACAAGCUUUUUGCUAGUGCAGGCACUGCUCUGACAGGGAGGCUUUUUAUUUUAAAUGAAAAGCUGCCAUUGUUGCCUCCUUUGAUGGGGAGACUCCUGCUUUGCUUUCAGAGAGAAGCCUCUCCCUCUCUUACCUGGUGUCCAUCUUUGGAGGAAGGUGAUUAGACAGAUGCCGGGUGGUGUCUGGACGCCCUCCAGCCCCGUGAAGUGUGUUGUGCAGUUAGCUGAGUCACUGUUUGGCAUUGGUCUGGAAAUAACAUGAUUAGAGCAUCCAUUAUGUGCUUUUUGACUUGGCAAAUGCUCUCCUUGUUUUCCUCAUUUUCUGGGUUUUGAGGAACAUGACAUAGUUUGAAGCAGAGUUUACUUAAAUUAAGAAAUCAACAGAAGUCCUGAAUCUGAGUACUGUUCUUUUAACAGUUGCCUUUUUCGAACCCAAACGCUGCCUUAGAGAAGUGGGCUAGUCCCCAGAACGGCUCAGAUUUCCAGACACUAGCUUUCCUCUUGGGCCCUGCUUCAGGCAAUGUCCCUGUCUAGGCACCGUCGGGGUCUCUGGCCUGUUCUGCAGCCUGCCCUGGGUGCCGGUGUAGACUGUGUGCUCGGCAAGGGCAGGGACUCUGUCAGCUCUUCAGUCACCUGGCACACAAAUGUUUACAUGUGGAAAACUCUACCUUAGACAGCCAAAGUACAAUUGUGCAUCUCCCCCACCAGCCGGAAUGCUUGUUAGUGAAACAGAACGUUAAAUUUGCAAUAAAAGUUGUAAACUGGCCUGUUUUUCAAAGCGUUAUGUUGGAAAAUAAGGAGCCAAAGAAGGUCCCCCAAAAGACAGAUCCGUAGUGGUUUAUUUUGCCUGUGGCCAAUCUUCUGUGAAGUACAAUGUGUUGUUGCUGUAACAGAUGAUUCAAUAAAUGUCUGCAGUAAA